AUGAAUUCCAGUGACUCAAACUCGGAUUGCUACGAAAUCCGAUACAACAACGGCAAAUUUAUACCUUCGUCUUCUCCUCUCACGAGGAAGCAUGAAGAAGACGACAACAACGUAGUCUCCGGUCCAAAGGCGAUGCUCACGAGGAGAAAGAGAUUAAAGACGACAUUUUUAUCACCUUCCUCUUCUUCAAAGAUGAUCUGGACUCGAACCGACGAACUCCUCAUUCUCGCGGGUAUUGUGGACUAUGAAAUUGAAAAGGAAUUGAGUUACAAAGAUGAUUGGGAUGCUUUAUACAAGUUUAUCAAAGGUUCCAUUGAUUCAAAAUUCUCUAAGAAGCAGCUCACAGAUAAGAUCAGGGGUUUGAAGAAGAGAUUCACAGAUAACAUUGCUAAAUCUGAAGAUGGUAAAGGACCUUCCUUUACUAGUACCGAUGACGAUGAAAUCUUCAAAUUGUCAAUGAUCAUAUGGGCCACUAAAAAUGAAACAGAAUUUGGUUCUAAUGAGAAUUUGGACCAAGGGAAGGAUGUGCCUUAUGUGGAGCAUGAGCGGAUUGAUGAGAAUGCGGACCAAGCAAAGAUAGAUGUGCCUUAUGACCGGGUUAAUGAGAAUGUGGACCAAGCAAAAGUAGAUGCGUCUUAUGUGCAGCAUAAGCGGGUUCAUGAGAGUAUGGAACAAGCAAAAGUAGAUGUGCCUUAUGUGGAGCCUGAGCAGAUUAAUGAGAAUGUGGACCAAGCAAAGGAUGUGUCUUAUGCGGAGCAUGAUGAGCAGGUUAAUGAGAGUAUGGAUCAAGAAAAAGUAGAUGUGUCUUGUGGGGAGCAUGAGCGAGUGAGUAACAUAAGUAUGGAGAUUGAUGAUGGUGAGAAAGAGAAGAAGAGUGAAGAAGAUGGUGUGGAUGAGUUUUGUGUUCUGCAGGACGCGUUUGAGGCGAUAUUGUUUCCAACUUUAGGUAAAACCCAUCAGAAGCUGCUACUUCACAAUUUGAGGAACCUUAAAGAUGAGAAAAGAAAAGAGUUAAGUGGUGAAUGGAAGGCAUUGCUUGUUGAAGAGGUGCAGUUAUAUAUCAAGAAGCUCGCUUUCUCCUCAAAGCUUGCGAACAAAAUAGUUUCCACCUAA